UGCACUUUCAGCUGGAAGCUUAAAGUCGAAAAAAAAUGAGGUCGACGAGGCAGUUUUCCGGCUUUAUAUUAAUUUUAAUUAAUAUAAUUAAUCAAAUCAAUGCACAGUCAAACGAAGUAAUAGGCUGUGGCGGUUUUAUCAAAAGCCAUGCCGAAAUUGACUUCUCCAAAGUGGAAAUAAAACUUCUAACCAAGCAAGGCUCACUUAAAGAUAAAACCGACUGCUCCCCUUCAAAUGGCUACUACUUUCUGCCCAUCUAUGAUAAGGGCGAAUAUCUGCUGAGUAUCUCCCCGCCGCCCGGCUGGAGUUUUGAGCCCGAACACGUCGAGCUCAACUUCGAUGGCAGAAGUGACGUGUGCAGUCAGGGAAAAGAUGUUAAUUUCGUCUUCAAGGGCUUUGGCAUCACUGGCAAAGUAACCCUGGCCACUGGCAGUGGUGCACGUGACGUCGAUGUGGAGUUGAGAUCCGACCAAGGCGAUGCCCGUCGCACCAAAACGGACAUCAAUGGCGUCUUCUUCUUCACACCAAUCAUACCCGGCAAAUAUGUGGUGCGCGCCACCCACGCUAAGUGGCACUUUGCUAAGGCGGAGCACAAUGUGGUCGUUGUUAGCGGCAACACGGAAUUGCCGGCCAACUCACUGGUUGUCUCCGGCUUCGAUAUCAAUGGACGCUUCGAUGCCAGCACUCAGCUGCCGGCAAAUAUUGCCGUUGUGCUCUACAAGAAGAAGGGCCAAACGCUGCUGCCCAGGUGUCAAAAAUCGGCAAAUGCGCCUGCAAACAAGCUGAACAGUGAAUAUGAGAGCGCUGCCGCUUGUUAUGCCGUGGUGGAGAAGGGUGAAUAUAGUUUCAAGGAUGUGCCCACUGGCAAAUAUUUUCUGCUCGCCAUCAAUGAGAAUCAGAGCUUGAAACUGCAUAUGACGCCCACAUUCCUGGAAGUGGAAGUUGGCAAGGACACACUACAGUUGAAGGAGGAGUUCAGGAUCAGCGGCUUUACUGUCACGGGUCAGGUGCUGACCACUGCUGGCGGUGCACCACUCAAGUCUGCCAUUGUGAAGCUCAACAAUGAGCAAGUGGCCGUGACGGAUGCCAUGGGCAGCUAUACGCUGGAGAAUAUCAAAGCGGGCAGCUACAACAUUGAUGUCGAAUUUCCACAGUUGCAAUUUGGAUCGCUGCAGGUGAAGAUACAAAUCUCGACGCCCACGCUGCCCAUAAUUAUGCCGGCGGCUUACGAGGUGUGCGGCAAAGUAGUCUCCACCAAGUCUUAUGUGGUGGGCAUCACGAAAUUGGGCUCUACAUUCCACACAACGACCACAACAAAACCAGAGAGCGGAAGCUGGUGCGCCUAUCUGCCCGGUGGCAAAUACAGCUUUGAGGUGCUCACCACUGAGUUGGACAAGCAGAGCGGCAUUCAAUUCUUCCCGGUGCAGCAGCAGUUCGAGGUGAGAGAUGGUCCUAUCGAUGGCAUUAUUUUCUCACAGCUGCGUGCCACGAUUCGUGGCGAGCUGCAAUGCCUGCCAGAUGCCACCGACACUUGCACAUCAGCGGAGAUUACGCUGCAGGGCCUGGAUGCCAUCGGCCAGCCGACGGACAACAAAUGGAUGGCCAAGGCUCAUCGUGGCAAGUAUGUGUUCAAAGAUGUACUACCUGGCCCAUAUGAGAUUACAAUACCACAGGCCAAUCUGUGCUACGAGUCCACACGCGUCUUUCUCAACGUGGCCGCCGCCGAGGAGAAGGCGCCACCAUUCGUCCACAAGGGCUAUGAAGUUUCCAUCAUUUCCAGCCAUCGUGCUCUUAUGCGUUACGUGCACUAUACUGGCGCCUCGGAGCCCAAGGCGCCCAUUGAGACACUGAAGAUUCUGUCGGGCGUCAACACGUUCUGUGUAUCCAAAUACGGCAGCUAUGACUUUAAGCUGGAGGGCUGUCACCUUUACGACGACUCGCUGCCCAGCAAAUUCAUUACACCUGAGCCGGAUCAGCUGCAGACAUUGAUUGUGAACGCGAUUGCGCAUAAGAUGGGAGUGCGUGUUCUGUCCACGGAACCAAAUGCGGACUCCAUUAGGCUGGCUAUCGAAUCGGAUGCGUUGGGCAAGCAGAUAAUAACGCCCACAGCCGAGUCACACAAGGUGGAUGGCAAAUACGCAUAUCGCUAUGAAACCUAUCUUAAACCCGACGAGGUCCUCACCGUCAAGCCAAUGAGCGAUGUGCUGCUCUUUGCACCCAAGUAUCAAGAUGUGGUGGGCGGCAGCGAUUGUGUGGAUAUUGCUUACAAUUUUGUGGGCACACGUGGUCUCAUUCUGCGCGGCAAGGUGGUGCCACCGAUUAAGGAUGCCAAGAUUACGCUCAGUUUCCCCGAGCAGCCAGAUCAUGAACCAAUCGAAGCAUUCACCUCGGUCACAGGUGAAUUCAAGUUUGCACCCAUCGAUGAGGCGCUCAAGUUUGAACUGAGCGCCGAGAAGGAAUCGUAUGUGUUCAGCGCCUAUAAUCGCCAGUCGAACUCGUUCAGUGCCCACAAGCUGUGCGAGAUUGAGGUGACUGUGCAGGACGAGGCCGGCCAGCCACUGAGUGGUGUGCUGCUCUCGCUUAGCGGCGGUGAAAGCUAUCGCAAGAAUUUGGUCACUGGCGACAAUGGUGCCAUCAAUUUCCAUUCACUGUCGCCAUCCCAAUACUUCUUGCGUCCGAUGAUGAAGGAAUACAAAUUUGAGCCGAAUUCCAAAAUGAUUGACAUCAAGGAUGGCGAAACCAUACAAGUUAUCUUAACUGGCAAGCGUUUUGCGUACUCCAUCUUUGGCACGAUUUCAUCGCUAAAUGGUGAUCCCUUCCCGGAGGUUAAUGUGCAAGCGAUCGCCAGUGAGAGCUGCCAGCAUCAGAUGGAGGAAGCGACCAGUGAACCGUAUGGCCAGUAUCGUAUACGUGGACUGCAGCCGGGCUGCACCUAUACGGUGCGUGUGGUAACGGAUGAUGAGAGGGUGCAACGCUCCAUACCCGAGAGGCAUACGGUCAGCGUGGCCAACGAGGAUGUGCGCAACAUCAAUCUAAUUGCGAUCAAUCCCAUCAAGAUUGUGGACAUUACGGCACGGAUAAUGGCCUCGCAAAAUGAUUACUAUAAAACGCUGAGGAUUGUGAUGUAUCGGCAUGGUGCCUCCGAUUCACCCGUCUUCUCGCAGCGCAUUUCAACGCCCCUAAAUCCCAAGUCGAGCUUUAAUCCCGGCAUUAUGGUGUACUUCCCGCGUAUACCACGCGACGGCAAGAGCUAUGUGGUGGAGCUGCAAUCGACACUGUCGGACAAGACAUAUAUUUUUAAGCUGCCCUCGUUCAGCUUUGUGGCUGACCGCAGCUCCGUUUAUGUGAAGCUGGAGUUUAAUCCGGAGGUGCGGGCAACCGAAGCGGAUCUCAAUCAGAAUUCCAUAUCUGCCCUGGUGCUCAUCGCACUGGUGGCCAUUGCUUUCUUCAAGCAGGAUCUGGCCGUCAAUUUCCUCAGCUUUGUGUGGAGUAAAGUGAACGACGUCGCCGCGGACAUUGCCCAGCGACAGAAGGGCAAGGCGAGUGUCCGGAAGAGCGAGCCGAUCAAUCAGCGGGAAAUCGAGCAAAUGGCCGAUCAGAUUAAUGCCAUCAGGAAGAGGAAGGUGAAAAAGAUUUAGUCAUCCUUGUAGCUGCUACAAUUUUAGUCAUCAUCAAUCGGUAUUCGGUUUUGUUUAACUUUUUUAAUAACGAGAGAUUUGUUUAGCAUUUCCCGCCAAAUGGAAAAUCAAGAAAGAAAACACACACACAUAUUUUAUUUUCUUUAACAGCUGAGGCAAGUUUAUUUUGUGUGUGUUUGUUGUAGAUUCAUUUUCAUCACGCUUAUAGCUAAAAUAAAUAAUUAAAUAAAUAAAUAAAAUACAA